AUGGUGCUGCCAUAUGGAUUAGGGGGUUUAGGGAAGCUUUUGAAAUAUGUCGACGUGAUUGGUGACGGCAACUGUGGAUUCCGUGUUGUGGCGGAUUAUGUAUACGGUGACCAUAAUAUGUCGGGUUUGACAAGAAGAAACAUUGCAAACAAACUAGCAUGCAACCGUGACCUGUACAAGCGUCUUUCCACUGAUGGGAUCGACCAGACCAUCGCACGUAUUAGGUGGGAAAGAGGUUCUUGUACUAGUGGACACUGGAUACAGGUAGCGAAUGACUUGUUCCUUAUUGCCACCCUUUUGAAUACGGCUAUAAUUUUAUUACAAGGCGGGACUAGCUCAAAGUCGCGUCGGGGUUCUUAUACAGUUUUUCCUUUACAUGCAUCUGAGCUCGACACACGACGGUUGAUAGAGAUGGUCACACUAAAUUUAGGUAGUUACUCUCACUUUAUUCGUCUAAAUUUAGCUAGUAAUUUCCCUGUCCCGCCUAUUGUCACAAUGUGGUUUAGAGACAUGGAUCAUAAUGUUGCAUCUUGUGAUAGACUCUAUGAUAAUAGGAGAGAACAAUGGGAUAGAUUGUCAGCUGCGUCUGUUUGA